GAGGUAACAGAAGCAGUUAGAGGUGAGUCUGGAUGUAGCAAGUGAGACUCUCAGAGCACUGUGUGGAACGUACCCGACUCAGCACCUGACCCUGUUGGGUGACGCCGUCUCCCACCUGGUCAAGAGGAACGAGGAAGUGACACAAUGCUACAGCCAGAUCCUGGGGUUUCUUCAAUGAGAAAGCACAUGCUUUUCACUGUAGGCUGUCUGAGUUGAGGGCUGUAAUUGAGGACUGCUUUGAGCAAACAGGAGAUGCAGUUGCUAUUUCAGCCAAACAACAAAAGCUCAAGACUGCAAUAGAUGAAGUCAUGGAGGGUGGAGAGUGCUUGGCAUGGGUUUGUGAGGAUGGAGGAUUGCAUCUCACCAAAUGUGGGACUGGAAGCAUACAGGAGCAACUGCACUCUUGUAAAUAUGCCUUGGAUUUAUUUGUUAUGGAAUGCCGACAGCGCAUACAGGCCCUGGAAGAAAGUGCCAAGCUAUUAAAUGGGUAUGAAAUGUGUGUGGUGGAGCUCAGCGGCUGGCUGCAACAGCUGGAGGAGAGACUGAAGACAGAUGCUCCUCUGUGGGGUCAGAGUCAGUCUGCAGCCCCCGAUUGCUCAGAAGAGCUUAGAAGAGUGGAGGAAAUCCACAGAGUGCUGCUGAUGAGGAGGGCAUCUCUUGAACGUCUGUGUCAGUCCUCUCUCACCAUAACAGAGUUGCUCUCAAAUCAUGAGGCUUUGCUGCAAGAGUACCAGGCAUUUGAGGAAGCACUAAAGGCAGUGGAAGCCUGGCUGAAGGAUGAUGAGAAGAACUUAGAGACACUGGAGAACAUGGAGGGGAAUAAAAAGGAGGUGGAAGAGAAACUUGAGCGAGCACAGGAUAUCCGGCUGAUGAAGGGAGAGGGCGAGGUAAAGCUCAAAAUGGCAGCCGGGAAGGCGGAGAUGGUCAUCAAGGACAAUGGAGAGGUGGAACGAGGAGUGAUUUGGUCUAAGCUUCAGGAAGUUGAAGACGCAUGGGCAGCACUGCUUUUGAAUGCUAUGAGCUGCCACAGUCUUGUGCACAGCUGCAGAGAUGGCUGGAGGGAGUAGGGUUGGAGGUUAAAGGGUCUCCUGAGCACCAGCUUGGAGACUGCGCUUGCUGUCAUCAGAUGUGGAGGACAACCAGGGAGCUCUGUGCUAUCCGGAGGAGAGUGCGGCUGAACUUUACAAACGCACUGGAGACCCCGUCUUUAAGGAAGAAAAAAUGGUUCUCCUCGGGCCAAGUUUGAGGAUGUCAAAGCUGCAGCAGAGGAGAGAGUCAGAUUUUCAGAGGACGUUGGCCUUGAACAUAAGAAGUGCAUGGAAACAAUCAGGGAGCUCACUGAUUGACUAAUGGUGGUAGGGGAGGAGCUUCAGCAACACUCUGACCCAUCCGGUGACCCUUCAAUCUUAAAUCAGAAAUUGACUGAAGUCCGGGUAAUUAAAUGAAAGAAUAUUAAAGAUAAAUUAAAUAUGAUCUCUUUAUAGCAUGCCAUACCACAGAAAAUGUUUUGUUCCUACUAUUAUUUUGUGUCUCAUUCAUAUUAUGUUUAAUAAAGUCCACCUCUGUAUAAAAUAAGCAUGCAAUUUAUAUAUAUUUCAUUCAAUUUUCAUAAUUCCGAAGCUUUUACACAUUAAUUAGACAAAUUCCUUUUUCAUGUGUGUUUACAAGCUUGUCUUCUCUCUGUGGAAAAUGAUAGAAAGAACCUUCAUAUUGUUUUCUCUCAUUUACAAACAUCAUCUUUCACUCUGAAUGGUGGGAAAUGAAAAGAACAAAUUCAUUCUUCGUAGCAGAUGAGAUGGUGUGAGACUGCACGACAAACUAUGUGAGAUACUGAUGAUAUGAAGGCAUAAUUGCAUUUCAUCUGCACACAUGAUUAUGUGAGUGUGGGUGUAUAAAUAGAUAGAGAGAUAUGAGUUUUUAUUAACCUCAUGAGAGAAAUUGUACUGCAUCAGCUGCCAGUCACUUUUUUAGCAAAACCUGCCUUGAAUCGUCCCUCGUUCAUAAAGCAGUUUGGAGAAAAAUUAUUUUUGCUGACACAACUAAUUUAGUUGUAAUCGGUGGUGCACUACCAUCCAAAACAAAAGUAAUCCACUCACUAAUCCUCAGUGGCUCUGAUGUCAGGAGAAAAUGAAGACUCUACAUACAUCCAUCCAUCUACAAAAACCUGAAUUGCUUAUGAGGUUGAAACUGGCUGAGGGCGGAGUUAUGCUAAUACAGGCCAGCCUGUCAGCUUUUGUGGGCAGGGCCUGAGCAAUAUGACAUCAUAUUGCUCAGAAAAUCAAAACAGCUUGAAUAUUGAGACUGU